AUGGUCUGGGGAAUUAUCACCAUGUGCCUGGGCUUUGUGCGUAAUUUUGCUGGCUUCGUUGCUGUCCGUGCCAUACUCGGUGUAGCAGAGGGAGGACUGUUGCCUGGCAUGGUACUCUACCUGUCUUUCUUCUAUAAACGUUCCGAUUUAGCCCUUCGCAUCGGCCUAUUCUAUACGGCGGCAUCAUUAUCGGGGGCUUUUGGAGGGCUUCUGGCUCGCGGAUUGGCCGCCAUUGGACCACGAGGUGGUCUUGAAGGAUGGCGUUGGAUUAUGAUCAUUGAGGGUCUAUUGACUUUCGCAUGCGGCGCUCUCAGUUACCUCUGUCUUCCCAACAGCAUAGAAACGGCAGCUUUCUUGACAGUCGAGGAACGACAGUUCGCCCGUGAGAGAAUGCGACUGGAUAAUCCAUCUGCUGAACAUGAGGCCUUCAGGUGGUCGGAGGUUGUCCGAGGUGUACUGGACUUGAAAAUGUGGCUGUCAGCAACAGCGUACUUCGCUAUCUUGUCUGGGUUAUACUCUUUUGGUCUUUUUCUACCUACCAUCAUUAAGGAAAGCGGCUUUGCGGACGAUGCGAACAAGGUGCAGCUUUGGACUGUUAUUCCGUACGCUGUCGCAGCUGUAAUCACAGUCAUUGUGGCUCUCAUCUCAGACCAGUUGCAGCUUCGUGGUGUAAUCAUGCUCUUUAUCCUCCCGAUUGCGAUUGCUGGUUACGGAGCAAUUGCCAACAUCGAGUCCGCCAAAGUCAAGUAUGGGAUGACCUUCCUCAUGGCAACGGGCAUGUACAGCAGUGUCCCGUGUAUCCUGGUUUGGAAUUCCAACAACUCCGCGGGGCAUUACAAAAGGGCCACUACGUCGGCAAUGCAGUUGGCAAUUGCAAAUUGUGGAGGGUUUGUAGCUACAUUCAACUAUCCCGACAAGGAUAAGCCAGAUUACCAUCGAGGCCACACGAUAGUUCUCGGCCUGCUUAUAUUCGCAUGGGUUAUAGACAAGGCACAGGGCAAAUAUGCACAGUAUACAGGAUGUAACGAUGAUAGGGAUCCACAAUUCAAGAUGGUCCUGUGA